AUGUCAUUUUACAUCGUAACCUCUGAUUUCAUCACCAUCGUCAAACCAUGCACUUUGCACUCUUUCCAUCCUCUUACAGAGGAUCUUUCCGUUCAAUUUCUGUCAAUUAAAGAAGAGAAAAGGGACAUCAGUCUGGACUUCUUCAUGGACGCCGACAAGUUCUCGUUGUUAGUGAACAAAAAACACAGAAGAGUGAUCAACGAGGUGCUCUUCCCAGAACUUCCCGAAGAAGUUGAGGAAAACACCUGGAAAUGCUUUGGGAGCAACGAGGAUUGCAAAGAAGCAGAUGAUAUCUUUCCACGGAAGACUGCCGAGAAACUUCCUCUACUUUCCAACAAUCCACAGGACUCUGCUGCCAACUCACUUUCAUCUCCUCCAUUCUUCAUCGACACUUCCAUUCCCCCACCUUCCUUCCGUCUUCCGGUCUUCAUCGACACAUCCGUACCACCACCUUCGUUCCUCACACCACCGACAUCCGGACCAGCCUCGCCAUCGCUCACCGCUGAAAAUCCGUCUUUUGCAUUCAACAUGGGUGUUGCCAAUGCUCCGAAGCCAGGAUUCAAAGUGGCUAAAAAGAAACUCUCGGAUUCUGGAGAAGUCUUCGAGAUGUACGUCGAUACCAGCAAGCCGAAGAAAGUAAAGGUAUUCUCUCCAGAAGAAAUCAAGAAGCAAGAGAGUCUGGUUGAUGAGUGGAAGCGAAAGAUUCAGAAUACCCUUUAA